GGCCGCCAGCAAACACUAGGGAAAGAGAGGUGCCUGGACCACCUCCCCUGACGCGGAAACAACAGAAGCGCUCCCUGAAGGGACGUCUCUCCGGCCCUCCUGAAGAGCGGGGCGGUUGAGGCCAAGGGGACAAAGAAAAGAUUCUCAUGAAGAGCUGCUAUUGAGGAGAGAUCCGUUUGUUGGGAUAUGAUUUAAAAAAAAAAAUGAAUGAAGAUACAGCCUCUAAAUGCAAGUACCAGAGAAAUUGCAACACAUCUCAGUGAAUUUGCAAGUGGAUUUUAUUUGUGGGUUAGCAGGCAGUUACAAGACUGCAAAAUGGGUCUCCGGAUUCACUUUGUUGUUGACCCACAUGGUUGGUGCUGCAUGGGUUUGAUUGUCUUUGUCUGGUUAUUCAAUAUUAUUAUAGUUCCCAAAAUUGUCCUCUUUCCUCACUAUGAAGAAGGACAUAUUCCUGGCAUAUUAAUAAUAAUAUUCUAUGGCAUUUCCAUAUUUUGUCUGGUUGCCUUAGUGAGGGCCUCAAUAACUGAUCCCGGAAGACUUCCUGAAAACCCAAAGAUUCCACAUGGGGAAAGGGAGUUCUGGGAAUUAUGUAACAAGUGUAAUCUGAUGAGACCAAAGCGUUCCCAUCACUGCAGCCGCUGUGGCCACUGUGUUAGGAGAAUGGAUCAUCACUGUCCAUGGAUUAACAAUUGUGUUGGUGAAGAUAAUCAUUGGCUUUUUCUGCAGUUGUGUUUCUACACUGAACUUCUUACUUGUUAUGCGUUGAUAGUUGGUUUCUGCCACUAUUACUACUUUCUGCCACUAAAAAAGCGCGACUUGGAUCUCUUUGUUGUUAGACAUGAACUGGCCAUAAUGAGACUAGCUGCCUUUAUGGCCAUUACUAUGUUGGUUGGAAUAACUGGACUCUUUUAUACUCAACUGAUUGGCAUAAUCACAGAUACAACAUCUAUUGAAAAGAUGUCAAACUGUUGUGAAGAAAUAUCGAGGCCCCGAAAGCCAUGGCAGCAGACCUUCUCAGAAGUUUUUGGCACUCGUUGGAAGAUCCUGUGGUUUAUUCCUUUCAGGCAGAGGCAACCACUGCGAGUUCCCUACCACUUUGCCAAUCACGUCUAAACAGAUGGAUGGUGGGCACAGAUGGGUCCUCCAUGCUGGAAAUGCGUUACAGGUUUUCUGAUAAUAGAACUAUGACAGUCUUCAAGUCAAUUAAAAUCCACCCACCAAUCUUAGGCAUCAUAAUGUGCCCCAGGCUUUAUUUUAAUAGUGAUCUUGAUCCUGUUGUGGGACUAAUACAAGAUCUAUAUUUAAGUUUUAAAGCAUGUUUACUUUCAAAUUUGGUAUCCACAGGGAUUUCUUUAAAUGCUUUUGUUAUUAAUAUCAAAAGGCAAUGAUUGGUUUAAAAUAAUUUACAUGAUUUCUUUUAGUACUGACAAUAUUACUUAUUUUAAUUUAUUGGACAUUUCAGAUGUUUAUUUAAAUUUUCACUCUAAGCAGUACUAACCAAAUCUGAAAUUAAUUGUUCAGGUUUUACAAAGGUUGAUACAUCUUAUAUGUAAAUUUUCUUUUUCAAGUACAAUAUAAAAUAUAUACUUCCUUUUAUAUGUGCUGCAGGAUUUUUUAAAAUACAGUUUAGGAUUGAAUGACAAUAAAACAAAAUAAAAGGGGCAGUGUUUUCUUAGAAGUAGCUUUCUAGCUUUUUCUACUUUUUCUUCAUCAAAAGAAAGUAAAAACACCACUAAAAUAAAACACCAACUACCUACCUUAUUUAGAGAAAGCUUAAAUUUUUGGUUCACAUUAGCCCUCCAUUUUCCUCCCUAUACCGUUGUGUUAAGUGGUGGUGGUUAAAAUAUUUGCUCCAAGGAGAAAUUUGUGAGCAGUGGGCAUGUAGUCCUAUUUUACCCUAAGGUUUUGAUGAGGGAAAAGGGUAGAGAAUUUGCAAUAAUUUCACAGAUACUUUUUCUAGUGCAGUUAUAUUAGAAUGCAUAUGUUUUUAAGAUGCUAGUAUAACUAGGUAAUAUAUAAUGUACAGUAUAAAGAGGAAUAUUGUGCUUUUGAAAAUACAUAUACUUUUAUUUACCUACUAAUAGAUCUAAAACUGUACAAUAAAGGUUUAUAUUUAAUAGAUAUUGGCCAAUUGACAUUGAAAUUUUAUUUAUAGGAAGUUACUAAUAAAUGUAACUUUUGUCUAUCCAUAAUCAGUCCUCCAAAUUGAAAUUAAAUUGAAAUUGGCCAACGAUGAUUUAGAUUAAAAGACCUUUUAUUAGUAGCUAGUGUUAGGAAAUGACUUUGAAAUAAGAAAAUUUAAUGAUCUAUAUCACUAGCCAUAUACAAAUUAAAUUGCAAAUAGUGAUGGUCUCUUGAAAAGCAUAGAAAUUUGUGUGAAAAGACAUGUAGCAUGCUUUGAAAAAAAUUCAGCUUUAAAAUUUUUUUCCAUUAGAAUACUGCAAAAUCCAUGUAUCUUUAAAAUAUAUAUAUAUGUGUGUGUGUGUAUAUAUGUGUGUGUGUGUGUGUAUAUAUACAUAUAUAUAUAUAUGUAUAUAUAUAUGUGUCAGUCUUUCCCUUGAAGAGAAGAUUGAAGGGGUUUUCUGUUCUUGGCGCAUGUCAAUAUUUUCCUUUUAGUUUUGAUAAUAAGAAGUCAUACCUGGGAAAUCACGAGAACAGAAGGUUACAAUUGUCAGUCAAUUAAUUAUGUUCUUUCAGAAAUUGUAAAUAUCUUCUAAAAUAAUAGACUAAGCUGUUCUCAGAUAUAAGUACCAUGUUUUUCGUGUUUGAUUAGAAUGCUUUAUUUAAAAACUUAGAGUGGCAAAUGAAAAUACUUAUUGGUGCUGAUAAGAUACAUAGUAAAUUUAAUAUGAAAUAUAUUUAUAGAGCUUAAUGAAUCACAGAAUUGGUAGUUUGUGUCAGGCAAAUAGGUUCAGUUUGUGCUAGCUAAUUUAUUGACCAAAUUGACCUGGUAUUAGAACUAUCUAUUAUAAGGAAAUAAUGUAUAGAUAUUGUAGAUAGAUCAGUUGAAUGCCUCAUGUUGAAUAUAUUCAUUUCAAAUGAGGGCCUUGAGAAAAUCACAAAGUUUAGUCAAGACUCCUUAAAGUGCUUUAUAAAACAUAUUUAUAUUUCAUAUAAUAACAGCUACUUUGAACGGUACUAGAGAUAUUCAGUACCAACAUUUGCUUUAAUAAUGAGAAGCAGUGGUGGUCACUUUCCCAAUUAUGAGGAUUUUGUUUUAUUUUUUCUUAGCUAUCCCACUUAUAGCACCCAUCCUGUUCCCGCCUUCUCUUUUACCUUCCUUGGUCCUCAUCCCUGUGUAUUUACAGUUUCUCUAAGUUCCUUGAAUACAAACACUAGGCAAGGAAUGUGUGUGUUUUGUUCGAAUGGCAGAAAUGCUAUAUAUCAAUAUGCUUAUAUAAGAACCUAUAUUAACGUAUCGCUAUCUAUACUUAAUCCUGUAACUUUUGGUAUUCCCAAGUUAGCACACCUAACUCAGUUUUGUAAUUCUUAGAUAACUUGAGUUUCCUAGGGAGUAUGUAAACUCCAGUGUUCUCUCUGCGCCCUCUUUUGGCUAAUUGGUGUAAUUAUACUGGCUCUAGAGAGUUACUGCCUCAUAAGUAAAUUGUAUAGUCAAAUUCUUCAUAUCAGAGGUACAAACUUAGGGGGAGUAUAUGUACAAAAAUGUAAAAUUUUAUGAAAUGAAUGUGUUCUUGUGUAUAUUGUCAGUGUCUAGUUCAUGAAAAUAUGACUGCUUUUCUUCAUUUAUGUAUUGUCUUUUAUUUUUACUAUCAAAUUUGUAUUAGAUAAGGAUAAACAAAUGUAAACCAUUUCAUGAAUUUUAUGUUAAGCCUUAUUUUGACAAAUUAGGUUCUUAAAAUGAGAAAAGAUGUUACAUUAAAAUUUUACACAUUUAAGAUGUUACAUUAAAAUUACACAUUUAUUAUGAAACAGAGAAACUUAUUGUAGUUACAGUGGCAAACAAGUAUCUAAUAUGUUUUAUUGCAUAUCUAAAAAAUACAUUUAGUUUUCUUAAUCUCAGUUUGGAAUGAUUUUUAUCCUACUAUUGCAUUAAAAUGUUAAGAAAUAAGAAGUAAAUAAUUCUUUCUAUACUUCCUUUCCUCAUUUUUUUUAAACUUCCCUAGUCAGAGUUAGAGUUACAGCUACAGUUGUAGUAGCCAAUUAUCUAUAUAUUCUGGAGAAUCAUGAAAAUAACCAAUGUUGUUGAGCAUUUGAAAUAAUUAUGAGUAGUGAGAUUGCUGAUCUGAUCUAUUUAUUAGAUGACCUAUUUCUUCAUCUUCCGUUACAUUUUAAGAAAAAUGUAUGCUAAAGGAUGUUUUACAUCAGAAAAGUCGUUUAUUAGACUUUUGGACAUGAAAGAUUUUUACCUAGAAUUAUGUUACAUGUCCUGAAUAGUUGUGUUUGUUGUUCUUUUCUGCAAAGAAAAAUGUUUAUGGACAUAAAAUUGUAGGUAAAAGUUGACUGAGUUCAGAAUCCUUCAAACAGUGAACAUUCAAUUGUACUUUGUAACCAAGACUUACACUUUAAUAAUCAAUGAUCUUCCAGCAUAAGAAAAUGACUAUUUUGCUGGAGUUGUAUUAAAAAUAUUUAUGUUUAAUAUGAGAUAGCUAUAUUUAAAAUUACAGUUAAUUAACCUCUUAACAGAAGAAGGCAUAGUUUGCUUUUAAUAGUAAUAGAAGUAGAGACAGUAAGCAUACAUAAAGUAUAGUUUAACAACUGAGUUAGAAUUGUCCCAAUUAAUGAGUGAAUUUCUGCUAAUGCUUAGUGGUAUUUUUCUCUAAGGAUUAAGGAUUACAGCUAUUUUUUAUUAGACUUUUUCAAGUGACUUCUAUUCUAGUAGUUAGUUGAAGUGCAUAGAAGUAACAUAUUUCACCCAGAGGGGCAUAUUAAUUCUGAAUGCUAAUCAUAAACACUUAAGUUAGGACAACACUUCUAUCCAGGAAGCAUCAAGUUAUUUAGAUUAUGACCACACAGUUUUACAUGUGUUGGAUCACAGGGUACUACAAGUGUUCUCACAUGUGUUGCUAUAAAAUCAUAGUCUGUCCAGCCCUGGUUUACAAUGACAUUAAUAUUCAUCAAAAGAGCUGCUUGUUUCUCCCUGGACUUUUCUCUAAAAGUUUACCCAACACAAGUUCAUUAGUUUAUAGCUGCUUCCAUUAAGCAAGUUUUUUUUUUUUAAAGAUGUAUUUAUUUAUACAUACAAGAGCUGGGGUAUAGGCCAGAGGUGUGGGGAGUAAGAUGACUCACCAGAGACAGCAGGGAGCAGAAUAGGCAGUUACACUGCUGAGGGGAGCAGCAAGCGAGACAGGGGAGGUCUUCUGCACCAUGUGGGUUAGCACUCUGGCCAGGGAUGGAACUUGUGCUGCAGUGGCUGCUAUAUCUUCCAUAGCUUGUUAAUGCUGAAAUUUAAUCCCUUGCGCCACCAGGGAGGCGCAUUAAGCAAGUUUUUUACAUGAACUCUAAUAUAUGUAGCUAUAUCUCAAAUUUAUUUGCUAAACUUUACACUUACAAACAUUAAGUAGUUUAGUAAUAGGUACAAGUAUUAGGUUUUGUUUCUUCUAAUCCAGCUACUGUUGCUUUCAAAAAUGUAAGUAUUGGCAAGUGUGGUUAGUAAGUCGUUUAGUAUGUUCUGCUUGCUAGUAUUAUUAACCAUAUAAUUAACUAAUGAAUGAGUAUAUUAUUUAAUGUGCACAUUUAUUAUUUUCAAUACUAGAAAUCAUUCUUGUAAUUUUCUUAUUAAUCAUAAUUCGCAUUAUAUUCUGUUUUUAGCCAUUUUCAGGGGAAUUCUAGACUAUUCCAUUGUAGAAUUUGAGAAAGUAAUAGAACCAACUUGCUUGAAGUCUUCUGAUCCAGUGUUGUUAAUUCUUUAAACUGAUAUUUAGCAUUUCUGCUGUCUUUAUAUGAUGGUUUUAAACUUCAGGAAAGAGCUUUCGCUGAUGUAUGUAUCCUUUUGUUAUAAUUGUUCAAUUUUUAACAACAAAUUUGCUGCAUAUUUGUUCUUUGGAUAUUGCAAUACUGCCUGCUAGUGCUAAUUUGAAACAGAUAUAAGUAUCUUAUUUAAAAAUUUUAUCAUUGGUAUUGCCAGUAUUUUCCAUUAUUAUAUCUUUAAUGUUCUUAUGUCCUUUUCUUCUUAUCCACUGUAGAGGACAAGUACAAAAGAGUAGUGAGUAGUCAAAAUAUUGGACAAAGAAAAUAGGAGACCCUUAUUAAAAUUGAGAGAAGGUUAGCUAGAAUAUGGAUAAUCAACUUCUCAAUAACAGGGCUGACUGCAUAGACUUUCUAUGACAUUGGAAAACCUCCCUGCUGCAGUCAUUUCAGCCUUUAUCUCUAUUGACACCAUUUUAAUGUAAGAGUUGUUAGUACAUGUACUUAUUUUAUUCAAGGAAUUUAUAAUGUGGGUCUCUUCAGCUGGCCAGAUACUUUUGAGAUGAUAUUCUACUUUUAAAUAUUAUAAGUGUCGUGUAUGCUAAUAUGAAGUAUUAAGAAUAAUGUGGAAGGUGCAGCUAUUUAAUGUCAAGGAGGAAUGAAUAGGUUGCCCAAGUUUGAUUGAGAAAACUGAGACCUUAUUUAUAGGUCUCAAGUAUUACAAUGAAGUUUAUCACUAGAGGAAAAGUGAUUUUGUAUAUAAAAGAUAAUUUUUACCUUAAAGUUUGGGCAAUUUUGGAAUUCUUGAUACCUUGAAGGUCUUCAUAUCUUUCGGUAUUGUGAAUACCUGCAACAUGUAAUGUGCUUUUCACAGCUCAACACAACAUUCUGAUCUUUUUUGGUAUUGAUAGCUUUAUAUAUAAACAAAAAUGUGGACAAAGCUGCAUCAACAAAAGAUGUGUUUUCUUUUUGUAGAUUCACUUGCCUGUUUGACUAAGUACAGGGUUUAGUUGCACUGACUGUUAACUAAAGGGAAAGCUUGUCUGCAUAUUGCUAAGCUCUGUGUUCUUGCCAGUAUGCACUGGGUGACAUUGUAACCUACUGGUGCCUGAAGUUAGUGUUUUACAACCUCAACAACUACAGCAUCCUGGUGCUACUCACUUUAACAUUGAGUGACAUUUUUAAUUCCUGUACCAAAGAGUUAAUUUUCUUUUUGGUUGACUCAGAGUUUUCUUUUUACAUCCUUGUGUUUGUAAAAUAGAAUUUAAUGUUACAAAGAAAUAUUAACAGAUCUUAGUUUUUGCACACUGCUGCCUCAGUUUGGUUGGUUUUAAAUCUCACUUGAGUACACUUUUUUAGUUAGGCAGAUUAGUUUGGGUUUCCUUUUGUAUUUUAGUAUAGAUUGGCUAUUUAAAAGGUAGUUUAAUAGGUAGAAGUUACAAAAAGUAAUUGAAGCACUUUUCACAAAAUUUUUUUUGCAGGAAUACAUAAGAAAUAAUAACUAUACUUUUAUUUCUAUAAAUGAAUUAUAUAGUUUAUUGGACCCCUUUAAUGAAUGCUGAAACAAAAUGCUAAAAUUAGAAGUUAUGGGUCUACUCUGAUUACAAUUGAAGAAUACUGCAUCUGUGUGUGUGUGUAUGUGAGUGUGUAUAAUCUUUAAUGGCAUGAAAGAGUAUUGCCAUUUAUCUAUUUUCAAAUAAAGUUUAAAGAAUGCUUUAAAACCCACUUGCAUAUAUAAACUUCCCCAAGAGUAAAUGAUGUUAAUAGAAAAUUGAACUUUAUAAAAAAAAUUAGAAGUCUGGAUGUUGUUACUCGCUUUACGUAACAAAGAAGGGUAGGAUUAUUUAAAAGAAACUUAAUUCUGCUUAAUGAUUCAUUUUACAAAAAUUAUGGGAGAAAAUGCCCUUUCGAAGUACUGUAGUAGUCCCAAUAUAAUUGUGAUAUAUAUUCUAUCCUGGAUCCCAUUUUUUUUUUCCCCACAAAUUUUCAAAACAUUCAUUUAGUGUCCUUGAACUGUCACUGAAAUGGUUAAAAAUUCGGGCAAAAAGAUAACAGUUUGUAUGUACUGGAAAAGCAGACAGUCGCAUUUAGGAAUGUUUUGCAUUAUUUUCAGUCAACUGAAAUCAACCUCAUCUUGAAUGUAGGUAUUAUUUAUGGUUUUGCAGUGUAUUCUGAAUGGAAAAAAAAUUCAAGCCUGAAAUUUAUGUGAAAUGUGACUCCUGUAUCUUUGAAUGACACAUAGAAAUACAGAUGUACAUGUCAUUAGAGGUAAAUGCAAAAUAUGUUUGAAAAAUUGGAUGAAGCAACAUUAUGUCCCUAAUCUGCCAAUGAUUUAUUUCCUAGAUUUUGUUGCUACAUACUGAUUUCUGAGUUAUUUGCCUUGUUUAUGUAUCAUAUAAUUUAGUGUGGCUGAAUGUAAUUUGUUCAGGGUACUGGGUGGUAGAGAAUUUACCACUAUCUGCUGUCCCCCAGGGAUAAAUAUAAAAAGAAAUUUCUACUUUAGCACAGGUAGAAUAAAGCAACUGAUAUGAUAGGAAGAAUUUGCACUACAAUCAGAGUGAGGUUCAGACAAGGGAGUUGAAAGUCCCAGGUGGGGGACAGGACAGGCUGUUGGUGAGACUGAGCACAGAUGAUCAAGCUGUAUGAACUCUGUGUGUGGAGUUAAGUCUUUUAAAUUCUGACUGCCAAGAUUGACGAAUAGGGACUAUCUGUGUUAUUUUUACACUCCUAAAAUCUUGUCGCAACCUCAAAUUGUGUCUAUCAUCUCCCUGAGAAGAAAAACUUUUAUUUUAAUAAUGGUAUGUUCCAAUAUCCAUAUGAAGAUCCUGUUUCUAAAUCUGUUGGGCAUUUUUGCAUUUAGUGCAUAUAUUUAAAUCUGAGUGCUGUUUUCCUGUGCUUUGUCUGUUGUUUUACCUUGGCUGUUCCCCUAAGAGCAUUUAAAGAGAAAUUGUCACAAAACUUCUAGUGCUGAUGAAUGAUAAUAAAGAAUAUACUCGUGGAGAGAUAACAGGGAAGAGGGAGGUUAAUGACAUGUGAGAACCAUGUUCCUGAAAUAUUCCUAUUUACAUGAAACAUCUACACUGGUUCUUAAAAUGAAAAAAAAACAACACAUCAUCUACCUUAAGAACAAUUUUUUUUGAAAUUUAUUUUGUGAUUUAAUUUUAUUCAUGUAAUAUUUCUAUUUUUCUUUGCAUAUUGUGUUUAAUUUAAAUUGUGGAAUUUUUACUUCUCCUGAAAUGUAUUAUGUAUUGUAUUUUUAGAAAUCUUAUUUUUAAUAAAUAUUUUUUAAAAACAUAGGGUUGUUUUUCU